AUGGCGACGGCUACGAAACUUGUAGGCAGCAAAACGUUAAAGCAGCUUUUAACUGAGUUGAAGCACAUCAGCACCGGCGAUGGAAGCGCUUCGUGUGCCCUGGCGGCCAAAUAUAUUACGGAUCAGUACCGUCGCUUCGAAACCACUGAACAGCAGCACUGUCGGGCCAAGGAGGAACUACAGUUCACGGCCGACACGUAUCGCUGUUACUUGGAGAGCGUACGUACACUCAAGCAACUCAGCGAGGCUUACCGCGGCAAAGGUGAACGAACCAUUCGGGAUACAGCGGACAUGGUGGGAUUCAAACUGCCUCACGAUCCUAAAUAAAUUGUUUGGAUA